AUGACAGAGAAACCAGGAAACACAGCUACUUACCUCUUAGCAAAACAAGUCAAGCAACUUCCUGACGCACAUCGUGUCAAGGUCGUAAUAGUAGGUACGGGAAAUGUGGGAAUAGCAACAGCAAUAUCGAUAUUAUUCAAACGUCUGGCCUCAGAGUUAGUGUUGAUAGAUACCAAUGAGGAACUGGCAAGGGCAGAGGCUGAAGAUAUCAGUCACGCGGGUGCUUUCCUCGGUAAUCCAAAGAUCGUUGGGACGAAAAAUUACCUUGCGGCCAGUGAUGCGGCUGUCUGCGUCAUCACCGCAGGUGGCAGACAGCAUGAUCAUCAACAACCCAGUGAAAUACUUGGUAGUAAUCUCGAUAUAUUCAAGAGUGUUAUUCCGAACGUUUGCAAGUUUGCUCCCAAUAGUAUUUUAAUCAUCGUGACGAGUCCAGUCGAUAUCCUUUCAUAUGUAGCCUUGAGACUCUCUGGAUUCCCGCCCAAUCGUGUGAUAGGCCUUGGGACCUUUUUAGAUAGCUGUAGAUUCCAGUACUUUAUCGGUGAGAAAUUGGGCAUUUCACCAAGUUGUGUGCAGGCUUUUGUGAUCGGUGAAAACAGUCCAGUAUCUGUGCCCGUGUGGUCUGCGGUCUCGGUGAUGGGAAUGCAGCUAAAGGACAUAAACCGAGAGAUUGGUGGGAGAAUGGACCCUGAGGGAUGGAGCGAAGUGCAUAAUAAAGUUGUUGCUAGUAAUGAAGAGCUGAUGAUGAGGAAGUGUAACAAAUGGGCAGCGGGAGUUUGUGUCGCUGAGAUAGUUGACGCUGUUGUCAGGAACACAUGUGUUUCCAUGACAGUAUCUACAUUUAUCAUGGGAUGUAAGCAUGGAUUUGAGAAGGAUAUUUUCAUGUCUCUCCCCUGCAUAAUCGGCAGAAAUGGAGUUCAAUCAUAUAUCCGUCAUCUAUAUACGCAAGAAGAACAAGAAUUGACAACUAAAUCCUGUAAAUCUAUUUAUGAAGCUCAAAAAUCGAUUCUAGGAGCAUUGGAAUAG